UCAACAGCUUCUCGCGAGGAUUCUUGUACCUUUCCCUCGCUCUGGAAGUUCGAUUAUUCCUUCUCGACUUCUAGGUCUGCUUCACUGUCUCCCACUUCCUCGUUCCGACCAAUAGCCUCGUAACAACUCCAAUAAUUGGAAGCGGAGUUGAUUGGCUAGCUCUUCUUGAAGAAUGGCGGCCAACGCGACUACCAACCCGUCCCAGCUUUUGCCGCUUGAACUGGUGGACAAGUGUAUAGGCUCUCGUAUUCAUAUUAUAAUGAAAAGUGAUAAAGAAAUUGUUGGCACACUCCUAGGAUUUGAUGAUUUUGUCAACAUGGUAUUAGAAGAUGUCACUGAAUUUGAAAUAACACCUGAAGGAAGAAGAAUCACAAAAUUGGAUCAGAUUCUGCUGAAUGGAAACAAUAUAACUAUGUUGGUUCCCGGAGGAGAAGGACCAGAAGUAUAAAUAUUCAUUUGACAUCACUGCAAGAAGUUUCAUUGCAUAUUUUGUGUUGAAAUAUAUUCCUAGAAUAUGUUCUGAAAUUUGUUAAAUUUCUGUUCUUAUAUUUCAUAGUGAUAUUUAAAUAUAACAUAGCUCCCUUUUCAAGGAUGCGGCAUCUUUAAUAAUAGUUUUGUACAUUAAAAUCAUGACUUUGUUGUAGAAACAAAAUUAAUUUGCCAUUAGGGGCAAGAAAAUAAAAUGUUUUUUUAUUUUGA